AUGGCACCAAAUAAGCUAGCAAUUGCCAGCGUCUCACUCAGCCUCUACCCCGGCCACCUCCUAGACGAGAAGAUCCGCACAGCAGCCCAGCAUGGCUACUCCGGCAUCGAGAUCGUCUACUCAGACCUAGAAACAUGCGGCAAAUCACAAAACAUCUCAGUCAACACAGCAGCCGACAAGAUCCACCAAAUCUGCAAUAAAAGCAACAUCCAAGCCCUCUCCCUCGCCCCAUUCGAGAACUUCGAAGGCGCAAACUCCCCCCUGGAAGCAAGACUCCUACUAGCAAAGCACUGGCUGGACAUUGCCCGAAUUCUCAAAGCACCAUACCUCCAAAUCUCAUCAAUCUUCACAGACGACUGCAGCCGCGACGCAGCAGUCCUGACGCGCGAAAUGCAAGCCCUAUCCGACCUAUUAUGUUCAGCUUUCGGAUGGGGAGCGCUUUGA